AACUCCAUCCUGCUGCAUGCGGAGCCGAGGCUGAUGGGGUGGUGGCAUGAGGAGGUGUCACUCUGAGGUUCCCCCUCAGCUCCUUCCUAACCUCUGGCGUUUGGUGUCUGCAGAAUGGCGCGUUUUGGAGACGAGCUACCCAACAGGUAUGGUGGAGGAGGAGGAGGAGGAGGAGGAGGUGGUGGCGGUGGUGGCGGGGGUGCCGGCGGACAAGGGGGGCCCGGCCGCGGCGGCAGCAGGCAAGGGGGCGCCCCGGGGGCGCAGCGGAUGUACAAGCAGUCGAUGGCCCAGAGAGCCCGGACCAUGGCCCUGUACAACCCCAUACCCGUCCGGCAGAGCUGCCUAACGGUCAACCGCUCCCUCUUCCUCUUCAGCGAAGACAACUUGGUGAGGAAAUACGCCAAAAAGAUCACCGAGUGGCCUCCGUUUGAGUGGAUGAUCCUCACCACCAUCAUUGCAAACUGCAUCGUCCUGGCUCUGGAGCAACAUCUACCUGAUGGAGACAAGACGCCUCUGUCCGAACGACUGGAAGAGACAGAGCCUUACUUCAUAGCCAUCUUCUGCUUUGAGUCGGGGAUUAAGAUCCUGGCUCUGGGUUUUGCGUUACACAAGGGCUCCUAUCUGAGGAACGGCUGGAACGUCAUGGACUUUGUGGUUGUGCUCACGGGUAUUUUGUCGUCUGUUGGGUCUCAGCUCGACCUGAGGACACUACGAGCCGUCAGAGUGCUGCGACCACUGAAGCUGGUGUCUGGGAUUCCCAGCCUGCAGGUGGUGCUCAAAUCCAUCAUGAAGGCUAUGAUCCCCCUGCUGCAGAUCGGCCUGCUGCUGUUCGUGGCCAUCCUCAUGUUUGCCAUCAUCGGCCUGGAGUUCUACAUGGGAAAGUUCCACACCACCUGUUAUGAUGAAAUGACGGGAGAGACCGUGGACGAUUUGCCGUGUGGCACCGUGUUGCCGUCCCGGUUGUGUCCUAAUGGCACACUAUGCAGAGGCGGCUGGCUCGGACCCAACUACGGCAUCACCCAGUUCGAUAACAUCCUGUUUGCUGUGCUCACCGUCUUCCAGUGCAUCACCAUGGAGGGAUGGACAGAAAUGCUGUAUUAUAGCAAUGAUGUGGAGGGCAGUGCCUGGAACUGGAUGUACUACAUCCCUCUCAUCAUCAUUGGCUCCUUCUUCAUGCUCAACCUGGUGCUGGGUGUACUCUCAGGUGAAUUUGCCAAAGAGAGAGAGCGAGUGGAAAACAGAAGUGAGUUCCUCAAGCUGAGGCGACAGCAGCAGAUCGAGAGGGAGCUCAACGGAUACCUGGAGUGGAUCUGCAAAGCAGAGGAGGUGAUUCUGGCUGAGGAUGAUGGUACAGGGAACUUUGAUGGUGCAAGGCGAAGGCCAACCAUCAAAACCAAAAACAACAAGACGGAGCUGCUGAACCCUGAGGAGGGCGAGGACAACAUGGGAGACGCAGUCGGUUUUGCCCGCUCCAGUAUAAAGAGCGGCAUAGACGGCUCUAAUUACAGUAAGAGCGAGCGACGCAUGCGAUUCUUCAUCCGCAAGAUAGUGAAGACGCAGGCUUUCUACUGGACGGUCCUCUGCCUGGUCGGCCUCAACACCAUGUGUGUGGCUGCUGUGCACUACGACCAGCCCGAGCUCCUCUCUGACUUCCUCUUCUAUGCAGAGUUUAUUUUCCUGGGUUUGUUCAUGUCUGAGAUGCUGAUCAAGAUGUAUGGUCUGGGCAUCCAGCCCUACUUUCACUCCUCAUUCAACUGCUUUGACUGUGUGGUCAUCGUGGGCAGCAUCUUCGAGGUGGUGUGGGCCACUAUCAAACCAGGCACAUCCUUUGGUAUCAGCGUGUUACGGGCUCUGCGACUGCUGCGCAUCUUCAAAGUCACCAAGUACUGGGCUCCUCUUCGAAACCUGGUGGUUUCUCUGCUAAACUCCAUGAAGUCCAUCGUCAGUUUGCUGUUCCUCCUCUUCCUCUUCAUUGUGGUGUUUGCCUUGUUGGGGAUGCAGCUGUUUGGAGGACAAUUCAACUUUGAAAACGGAACGCCGCCGACGAACUUUGACACGUUUGCAGCAGCGAUCAUGACCGUGUUUCAGAUCCUGACAGGAGAGGACUGGAAUAUGGUGAUGUACAACGGCAUUAAGUCCCAGGGUGGAGUCAAUGACAAAGGGAUGGUGUUCUCCAUCUUCUUCAUCGUCCUCACACUCUUUGGGAACUACACUCUGCUUAAUGUGUUCUUGGCCAUCGCUGUUGACAAUCUGGCCAACGCACAGGAGCUCACAAAGGAUGAGGAGGAACAAGAGGAGGCAGCCAAUCAGAAGACAGCACUUCAGAAGGCCAAGGAGGUGGCGGAAGUCAGCCCGCUGUCAGCUGCCAACCUCACCAUCGCUGCUAAGGAGCAGCAGAAGAACCACGCCAAGGGCAACAAGUCGGUGUGGGAGCAGAGGACGAGUGAGAUCCGCAGACAGAACCUGAUGACGAGCCGAGAGGCGCUCUACAAUGAGCUGGAGCAGGAAGACUGGAAGGUGGGAGGAGAGGGAGAGGAGGUGUCGUAUCCACGGCAGGGACGCGGUGACAUGAAGACCCACUUGGACCGGCCACUGGUGGUCAACCCACAGGACAACCGCAACAACAACACCAACAAGACCCAACCUGGGGAACUUCCUCUGGAGCAGGAGUACCAGCAGCAGGACCACAGAGCUGCCCACAACCACCACCACCACCACCACCACCACCACCACCACCACCAUCAGAAGACCACAGGCCAGCCAACAGGCCAGCCAACAGAGCCUCACGUGAAGCAUGGAUUCAGCUGCACGUCUCUGGGAAACAUAGAGGGCGGCGUGGUGGGCCAGCAGGGGGAGGAGAGGCGGAGCCACAGGAGCCACCGCAGCCACAGACACAGGAACAGGGAAGGCAGGGAGGCGCGCAGUGCAUCGCCCCACCACAGUGAGGGGGGAGAGGCCAACCCUGAGCACAAGAGGUCCAGGCACCGCAGGACAGCCAGGGAGGGCGAGGAGUGCACCAGGAGACACAGAUCCAGGGGGGCGGAGGUCGAGGGGGAGAAAGGCGAGGAAGGGGAGGGACGCAAAUCCAGACGCCAUCGCCACUGCAACCAGGAGCGGAGCAGAGGACGUCGUGGCAGGAAAGAGCACCACAGCACUGGUCCCAGUCUCUCCACCACGCGACCCGUACAGCAGUACAACGAGGACCUGGACAACUUCCGCAACAACAGCAAGCUGGCCAGUGCCCACGAGCACGAGUACGACCUCCCACCAGAUCAUCCCGACCACCCGGACCACGUCAACAACCUGCUGAACUGCCGUGACGCCGACACCCACACCCUGCUCCACAGCAUGGACAGCCUGAUCCUGACCAGCAUGGCCAAACCGGAUUACACCACCAUAGACCUGCCCCCGGUCUACCCCUACCCGUCCACCAACGCCAUCCUGCAAGUGAACAAGAACGCCAACACCGACCAGAAAAAGAGCGAGGAGAAGAAGGAGGAGGAAGACGAGGGAGGAGAUGAUGAUGGACCUAAGCCUAUGCCUCCUUUCAGCUCCUGCUUCAUCCUGUCCACCACCAACCCGUUUCGUGUGUGCUGUCACUACAUCCUGACUCUGAGGUACUUUGAGUUCAGCAUCCUGUCCGUCAUCGCCAUGAGCAGCAUCGCCCUCGCUGCAGAGGACCCUGUGUGGCCGGACUCACCGCGAAACAAUGUGCUGCGUUAUUUUGACUACGUUUUCACAGGCGUCUUCACAUUUGAAAUGUUGAUCAAGAUGGUGGUGCUGGGCUUGUUCCUCCACCAGGGCUCCUACUUCCGCGACUUGUGGAACAUUCUGGACUUUAUAGUGGUUAGUGGUGCUCUGGUGGCCUUCGCCUUCACGACCAGCACCCGGGGGAGCAGCAAGGGCAAAGACAUCAGUACAAUCAAGUCCCUUCGUGUGCUGAGGGUGCUGCGUCCACUCAAGACCAUCAAGCGUCUCCCCAAGUUAAAGGCCGUGUUUGACUGUGUGGUCAACUCUCUGAAGAAUGUCCUCAACAUCCUGAUCGUCUACAUGCUCUUCAUGUUCAUCUUUGCUGUCGUGGCCGUGCAGCUUUUCAAGGGUCGAUUCUUCUUCUGCACGGACGAGUCCAAGGAGUUUGAGCGCGACUGCAGGGGCGAGUACUUGGUCUAUGAUAGGGAUGAGGUAAAAGCUCAGAAGCGGGAGUGGAAGAAGUACGAUUUUCACUAUGACAACGUGGCUUGGGCCCUGCUCACCCUCUUCACUGUGUCCACUGGAGAGGGGUGGCCACAGGUGUUAAAGCACUCAGUGGACUCCACCUAUGAGAAUCAGGGCCCCAGCCCAGGCUACAGGAUGGAAAUGUCCAUCUUUUACGUGGUGUACUUUGUUGUCUUCCCCUUCUUCUUCGUGAACAUCUUUGUGGCUCUCAUCAUCAUCACCUUCCAGGAACAGGGGGAUAAAAUGAUGGAGGAUUACAGCUUAGAAAAGAAUGAGAGAGCUUGUAUAGAUUUUGCCAUCAACGCCAGGCCUCUGACUCGCCACAUGCCCAAGAACAAGCUAAGCUUUCAGUAUCGCAUGUGGCAGUUUGUAGUGUCUCCGCCCUUUGAGUACAGCAUCAUGGCUCUGAUCGCGCUCAACACCAUCGUCCUCAUGAUGAAGUUCGACGGUGCAUCAGAUAAUUACGAUAAUGUCCUAAAGUACCUCAACAUUGUGUUUACCACCUUUUUCUUCAUGGAAUCGAUCCUCAAGAUCAUUGCCUUUGGCCCUCUGAAUUAUUUCAGAGACGCCUGGAACAUCUUUGAUUUUGUCUCUGUCCUUGGAAGCAUCACUGACAUAUUGGUGACAGAAAUAGGGAAUAACUUCAUCAACCUGAGCUUCCUGCGGCUGUUCAGAGCUGCUCGCCUCAUCAAGCUGCUCAGACAGGGAGAGACCAUUCGCAUCCUGCUGUGGACCUUCGUCCAGUCCUUCAAGGCUCUGCCGUACGUGUGUCUCCUCAUCGCCAUGCUCUUCUUCAUCUACGCCAUUAUCGGCAUGCAGUUGUUUGGUAACCUGGCCCUGGACGAGGAGGGAGAAAGUGCCAUUAGUGAGCACAACAACUUCAGAACCUUUGUCAUGGCGCUGAUGCUGCUGUUCAGGAGUGCCACCGGGGAGGCGUGGCAUGACAUCAUGCUGGCGUGUCUGGGAGGCAAGGAGUGUGACCCGGCCUCAGGGAACACAGAGCCCGAGUGUGGCAGCACCUUCGCCUACACUUACUUUGUCUCCUUCAUCUUCCUCUGCUCUUUCCUGAUGCUGAACCUGUUUGUGGCUGUGAUCAUGGACAACUUUGAGUACCUGACCAGGGACUCGUCGAUCCUCGGGCCUCAUCACCUGGACGAGUACGUAAGGAUAUGGGCUGAGUACGACCCCGCGGCCUGCGGGCGCAUACAUUAUAAGGAUAUGUACAGUUUAUUGCGAGUUAUCUCCCCUCCCCUGGGCCUUGGCAAGAAAUGCCCUCAUAGGGUGGCCUGCAAGAGGCUGCUGCGCAUGGAUCUGCCGGUUGCCGAUGACAACACGGUGCAUUUUAACUCCACCCUCAUGGCUCUGAUCAGGACAGCACUGGAUAUAAAGAUUGCGAAGGGAGGUGCAGACAAGCACCAGAUGGACGCAGAGCUGAGAAAAGAGAUGAUGGCCAUUUGGCCAAACUUAUCCCAGAAGACGCUGGACCUGCUGGUCACACCACACAAGGCAGCCACAGACUUGACAGUGGGCAAAAUCUACGCCGCCAUGAUGAUCAUGGAAUACUACCGGCAGAGCAAGACCAAAAAACUGCAGGCCCUGCGUGAGGAACAGAACCGAACGCCAUUAAUGUUUCAGCGCAUGGAGCCAACGCCUGAGGACGGCCAGGGGGGCCAGGGCGUGAACGGCCCCCCCAGCUCACAGCCGGACAACAUCAACAGCAUACCUCCUGAGGGUGGCAUGACCGAGAGCCAGUCAUGGGUGACGGCCAAAGCCCAGGAAAUGUUCCAAAAGACGAGUAACUGGAGCCCGGACGGACCGUACCCUGAUGACCUCCAUGACAACCGGCACAACCCCCAGACGGUAGAGAUGAGGGAGAUGGGGCGGGACGGGUACUCCGACACUGAGCCCUAUCACCCAGUGGAUGGGCAUGGGCGGACCCUCUCCAUGCCCCGCCUCUCAGCAGACAACCAAAGAGUUCAUGCUGUUUCGCGGAGGAGACACAGACCCCGUGGAAAUAACCUCAGUACCAUCACUGACACCAGUCCAAUGCGCCGCUCCACCUCCAGUUUGGUCCACGGGCGUUCGGGUCGAGGCGUGAGGCUGGACGACUACUCCCUGGAGAGGGUGGUGUCCGAGGAGGGGAGACAAGGAGGAGGACGCAGACACAAGAGUCAUCGCACCUCGCAGCGCUCUCUGACCCGAUACACCGACGCCGAUACGGGACUGGGCACAGACCUCAGCACCACCACGCAGUCAGGUGACCUCCCACCGAAGGAGCGCGAGCGGGACCGCGGCCGGACCAAGGACCGCCGUCACCAUCAUCACCACCACCAUCACCACGGCUCCGUGGACAAAGAACGCUACGGCCCGGACCGCCACGACUACCCUCACAGGCAUCCCCACGACCACCACUGGUCCCGGUCGCCCAGCGAGGGGCCUGAGGGGCGGGGUCACAGACAGGGCAGUAGUUCGGUGAGCGGCAGUCCGGUCCCCUCCACCUCGGGAACCAGCACUCCACGGAGAGGUCGUCGCCAGCUCCCGCAGACUCCAGCCGUCCCUCGUCCACAUGUCACCUACUCCCCUGCUGUUCGCAAGCCCGGCUAUGGCCCACAGGGGCCGGGGCGUCUGCGCUCGCCCUCCCCCCGACACUUCUCCCCACCAGAUCACGACAGAGGCUACCACCACCGACCCCCAUCACGCCAGGCCUCUCCGCACCACGGGGGUUCCUCAUCCCGCCACGGUUCGCCACGUUCCCCGAGGCACCAGUCCCCGCGCUCGCCACUUCACGGCUCACCUAGGUCCCCACACCGAGGUCGCUGGAGUGGGCCCCCAGCUGGGGACAGUCUGGAGGGUGACGGACCCUUCUACGAGCAUGAUUAUGAGUACGAGCGGCACCAUGAGCCCCCUGCCUAUGAGCAGAGUCUCUCUCAUGGAAACCCACAUCCGCAUGGGGGGAAUCCUCACCCUCACCCACGCUCACCUAGGACUGCCCGCCACGGGCCCCCUCCGCCCCCUCACCCGCACCCACGGAGGGUGCCCAAUGGCUACCGUUCAUCCUCACCUUCCCCACAUCGACGAGGACCACCGGGGGUGCCCCCACACCCGCACCACCGGGCCCCUCACGCCAGAGGGCCCCGCAAGGGCCUGCAUGAACCUUAUAGUGAGACGGACGAAGAUGACUGGUGCUAGCAACGAUGGGGAGCAAGGGAUUAGGGAAGGAGUGGAGAAGAGUAGCAGCAGCCUCCGGUGCUCUGGCCUUGGAUAUGAAGACUUUUGAUAAAGCAGUGGCAGUGGAAAUGUUGGGGGGGGGGGGGGCACCCU